GGGGCGGGCCGGAGGAGGCGUUUCUCUGUAAAUGAGCGGGAUCCGGGUGGCCCCCGCGGCCCGGGACCGGUCAGGUGUCCUGACGCCCCGAGCCUGGGACCUUGCCCUUGCCAUGGCCGAGCGGCGCGGGGGCCUGGGGGCCCGCCUGGCUCGCCGCCUGGCCAGGCUAGGGCUCCGGAGGGAGUGCAAGGGGAAGCCGAUACCGGAGGAGGCCAGAUCCCGGGAUAGGCCCUGGGGUGGCCAGAGCUGCCCUGACCUGGCCCAGGGCCAGGGCAGCACCAGCAGAGUCAGCCUCAAGGCCCAAGCCCAGAGCCUCUCAGAGUUGGACCUUUGGGCAGGGAGCCGUGGCUCCUGGCUUUGGAAGCAACGACACAGCUCAGGGAGGUCUGCUGAGCCACUGGGGCGCCUACAGAGGCCAGCAGUGGGCAGCGCCUCUGACCUGGCCAACUAUGCCUCUGUGGGGCCAGAGAGCCUGGCACUGGCGGUGACCUCAGCAGAGCCUGCUGGGACCAGGUGUCCCUCAUGCCCACCACCAGCUCCUGGAUGUUUGGAACAAGGAUCUCCAGGCUGCACCUGCCUGCAACCCCCGUACACAGCCCCGGAGAUUCCUCUGAGGCCUGAGCCACCCAGCAACCUGGAGGACGUGCGGUCCCGCCCAGCAUCCUCCCCCAGGGCAGAGGGGGCAAAGGGCGAGCCUACCAGCGCAGGGCCAGCCCUGCCCGAGCCAGCCCAGACUCUACGUGAGUGUCCCUCUGCCAGGAGGACCCGCUACCACAUCACCGUCACCCUGCAGGGGCGUGGGCAAGCACCUGGGGAGGAGACUGAGGAGCCCAAACCGGCCCGACCAGCUCCCCACCCCUUCGGCCCUGAGGAAUCCAGGGGCUGGCAGGAGCCUCCCCAGGGCCCCCGCCCCAUCACAGGGUGCCUGGUGGACCUGCCUCAAGAGCCCCGGCUGAGAGCCCCACCACAUCAGGGGAGCACGGCCCAGCGGCAGGAGCUCCAGGCUGGCCAGAUGCCUGGGUCCCCGCAUAGAUGUGAGCUGGACCACAGUGAGCCAAGGACACCUCAGGAUCCGUUGCUGGGGCCCAACACGGACGAGGCCAGUGGCCCCCCAGCUCGGGCCAAGGCCCGAGUGGUGAGCACCUCACUGACAUGGGGGCAGUGGCCCCCUGCCCAGGAAGAGAGCAAACACCGUUUUCACAAGGUGUCCCUGGUAUCAGGGGCACGGCUAGAAGUCCCCCAGGAGGAGAUGUCUGAGAAUGGCCACCGUCGGGAGGAAGUCAACGGCUUUGCUGCACGGGAAGAAGAGACUAUGAAUCACCAGGGUCCCGGGGACGGGGCUGGCUCCAAAAGCUUCCAGAGCCAUGGGCCCAUCUUUUCCAAAAAGUACACACUGCCCCCCAAGGAGAAAAGGCCAGUGGGAAGGCCGAAGGAGGCUGUGGACCAGGGUGAUGGCAGUCCCCAGGACCCCAGGACUGAGCCACCGAGCCCAGGAGCCACGGCCAAGACUGAGUGUUUGGCGCCGGUGCACGGGCCCCAUGAGCCCAGGCCCAACCCAGGUGUGAGUCUCACCAGCAGGAGCUCCCGGAGCCUCGAGGAACGGCGGGUGACAUGCGCUGUGCGGACUACCAUGGUGGUGGGAGGGCACGUGGACCGACAGGUGAACAGCUCUGUGACGAACUCCGUGGGGCUAACGCUCCCGGGCAAGGCCCUGCCCAGGGGCCGCAAUGCCGCCCGCGUGGUGCAGGCAGUGGUGGUGAGCCCCCGAGCCGAGGACUCACCCAGCCGCAGCCAGGCCCUGGAGCUGCUAAGUAGCCUUGUGCCUGCUGGGCGGAGCCCACCUGCCAGCCGGCUUCCCAGGCCCCUGGCUGCUGUGACAAGGAGUCCAGGUCUGGGCAGCACAGAGGGUGCAGCCCCGGGGCAGCUGCCUGAGACGGGGACAGCAGAGCCAGAGGACAGAUCUGUCCUGGCUCCCGUAGGCUUCCGGGACUAUGCCCACCCGCCUCAGAACCAGGAUGUCCCUGCAACCCACCUGGACCGAGACCAGGACAAAGCCCCAGAUGCCAGGAUCCAUGAGGUCCCAAGAGUGCAGAGAAAAUCCAGCCCCACCCAGCUCCCUCUCCAGACCUCUCAGGGCCACACACCAGUACCCUCCUCUCCCAGACUCCAGACCCAAACCCCCUCCCUGGGCCUAGGUCACCCCCCAGAGCAGCCUGAAGUACCUACUCAUGCUAGGGCCCAGCUGACUCUCAAGCCCAGGGGACCCCAGGCCUGGCCCUCCGUCAAAACGGAAGGGCAUCCAGAUCCCCCUGCUGCCACCAGCCUGCCCACGGUGAAGACUGAGGCUGUUAUAGUCCCUGGACAAUCUCUCGCUCCAUCCUCUACAAGAAGGAAGGCUGUCACCAGCCCAGGAGGUCUUUCUGCUCCAUCCUCCCCAAGGAAUAAGGUUGUUCAGGACUCUGAAAAUGUCCCUAUCUUCUCCCUUACCCAGAAAGAGGUAGUGCAGAGCCCUGGGGUUCCUGCUGACUCAACCCCCGCCCAGAAAGAGGUAGUACAGGGUCCUAGUGCUCCUGCUGCCUCAUCCCCUAAAGCAACCAAGGUUGCCCAGGCCCCAGAAGGCAGCCCUAGCACCCAAAAAGAGGUUGUCCAGAGUACUGAAGGCAGCCUUGCCCCUCCUCUCACCAAGGAGGAGGCUAGUCAAGGCCUGACAGCUCCUGCUGUCCCAUCCCCCAAACAGGAAAGGGAGGUUCAGGACUCUGAGGAGAGCCCCAUCUCAUCUCCUACCCAAAAAGAGGUUGUCCAGGGCCCUGGUGCUUCUACUGUCCCAUAUUCUACCCAGAAAGUAGUUGUCCAGGGCCCUACUGCUCUCAUUGCCCCCUCCUCCUCAGGGGGCAAGGUAUCCCUCAGCCCAGGAGGCCCCCCUGCCCCAAGGCUGAUGGGAGCAGAGGCCAGCCUGGAGUCCCAGCUUGUCCCUGACUCCGCCGAGGGCAAGACGUUCCCAGAGCCAUCAAGGGAGGAGGAGGAGGUGGCCCUGACUGCUGACCUGGAGAUUUUCCUGGAUACCCUGCGGAGUAUGGAGCCCCCCGAGAUCCUCCGCACUCACCGGCUGCCACGAGCCCCCCGCUCCUCCUACCUGGCCAUAUACGCCACGCUGCCCGCCAUCGAGGAGGACCAGCCUGGGCCAUGGGUGCUGGGACCCAGCCCCCAGGGGGUGCCCGCACUGGAAGAAAAUGAAGAGGAAAAGGGAGAGGAGGAGGAGGACGAGGAAGAACCACAGAACCCCUACCUGAGCGACAGUGAAAAGCUCCAGCUCAGGCAGGAGAAAGCCAGGCCCAGCCCCCCCUGCGACUCCCACCCUGCCCGACCCCCCCAGGUCUCUUGCUCUCUUCUGGAGAUGAUGAAGAAGCACACAGCAGGUGCCAAGGGCGCCCACCCAGAAGUCGGGCCAGAGCGGCAGGCAGGCAGCCGGCCCACUUCCCGUCUUGGAUGCAGCCUUCUCUUUGGGGGUCUGGUGCCUGCCCUCAAGGAGGCCCCCACUUUGGAACCACUGGGCACAAAACCAUCCGCUCUACCGCCCCACGGGGCACCAGGGCUCAAGAAGGUGCCAGAACAGCUGCCCCUGCUCUACGGGGAAAGGCCACCUCCAGAGAAGCCCGCAUGUGCCCAGCCCCUGGAGGGGUGGAGCUCAGCAUUGAAGACCCAGGGCAAACUGAACACCAGGCCUGGAAAGAUGAUCCUCUUCUCGGAGCCUGGCUGCCAAGGCAGCAGCAGGGAGGUUUGGGAAGACACUGCUGAUGCUUCAGGCUGGGCCCGCGUGGCUUCCAUACGGGUGGUACGAGGCUGCUGGGUGCUGUACGAAGAGCCGGCGUUCCGGGGCCAGAAGCUGGUCCUGCCUGAAGGAGAUGUGGAACUUGGAGCUCUGGGGCCAGCAUGGAGUACCCAAGGCAUUGGCUCCCUGAGGAGGGUUGUGCGGGACUACAUUACCCCAGAGAUCAGCCUGUACUCUGAGGAGGGCCUCAAGGGGGAGCAAGUGAAGCUAACCAAGGCCUUGGAGGACCCCCAGGGCCUGGAGAGGCCUCUGCAGGUGGCAUCUGCUACUGUCUCCGCAGGACUGUGGCUUCUAUACCCCAAGCCCUUCUUUGAAGACACUCCCUGCAUCCUGGAGCCUGGAGAGUACCCCACCCCAGAGGCCUGGGGUGCAUCAGACCCCAGUGUGGGCUCCCUGAAGCCCAUGCGAUUGGGCUGCCCAAGAGUGGAGAAGCCAGGGGAGCCCAAGGCUGUAGUGUAUGAGGCCCCAGGCUUUCAGGGCCAGAGCUGGGAAGUGAGCCGAGACAUCUACAACCUGCAGCAACCAGAGGACAGCCAGAGCCCCAGCUUGGCCUCUGUGGGGUCCCUGCAAGUUCUCGGGGGCUGCUGGGUGGGCUACGAGAAGGAGGGUUUCCGGGGUCACCAGUAUCUGCUGGAGGAGGGAGAAUACGCUGAUUGGUCACAUUGGGGAGGCUAUAACAAGGCGCUGACCUCCCUGAGAGUCAUCCGGACGGACUUCGGGGACCCGGCGGUGGUGCUGUUUGAGGCCAUGGACUUUGAGGGGCAUGGCGUGGAGGUGAGCGAGGCAUUGCCGGACGUGGAGCUGGCGGGACACGGCCCCCGAACGCAGGCCAUCCACGUGCUCAGCGGCGUGUGGGUGGCCUAUCAGGAGGUGGGCUUCUCCGGGGAGCAGUACGUGCUGGAGAAGGGCGUGUACCGCAACUGCGACGACUGGGGCUCGAGCAACAGCGCCCUCGCCUCUCUGCAACCGGUCCUGCAGGUCGGGGCGCACAAUCUGCACUUUGUCUCAAAGAUUCAGCUUUUCUCCGGUCCGGACUUCCUGGGCGACCACAUCUCCUUUGAGGAUGACCAGACCUCUCUUUCCCCCUCUUUCCAGCCCCAGUCUUGCCGGGUCCACGGCGGCAGCUGGAUCCUGUUUGAUGAGAAGAACUUUGAGGGUGAGCAGCACAUUCUCUCUGAGGGCGAGUUCCCCACUCUCACAGCCAUGGGCUGCCUGGCCUCCACGGUCCUGGGCUCUCUCCGGAAGGUGCCCCUGCACUUUUCAGAGCCAUCCAUUUUCCUGUAUGGCCUGGAGUGCUUCGAGGGGAAGGAGAUCAAGCUCGGUGGGGAGCUGCGGAGCCUGCAAGCUGAGGGCUUCAACAACCACGUGCUGUCCUUGCGGAUCAAGGGGGGCGUCUGGGUGCUGUGCCAGCACAGCGACUUCCGGGGCCGCCAGUGGCUGGCGGGCAGCUGCGAGAUCACCAGCUGGCUGACGUACAGUGGGACCCAGAGGGUGGGCUCCCUCUACCCCAUCAAGCAGCGCCGGGCUUAUUUCCACCUCUGGAAUGCGGCACUGGGGGGAUUCCUGGCAGUGCCGGACCACGUGGAGGACAUGAAGGCGGGCCGCGUGGUGGUCUCUGAGCCCCAAGCUGGAGGCAGCUGUAUCUGGUACUACGAGGAUGGGCUGCUGAAGAACCAGGUGGCCCCCACCAUGAGCCUGCAGGUGAUUGGCACCCCCAGCACAGGCUCCAAGGUAGUGCUGUGGGCUGAGAGCCGCCUGCCCCGCCAGACGUGGAGCAUCAACGAAUCAGGCCACAUCUGCAGCCAGAUGUUUGAAGGCCGGAUCCUAGAUGUGAAGGGUGGCCAGGGGUACGACCGGGACCACGCGGUGCUGUGGGAGCUGGCCAAGGACAGGGCGUCCCAGAUCUGGACUGUCCAUGUGCUUUGAACCUCCUCCCCACCCCCCAGCCCUGGAAGCUCUCCCUGGGAUGAAAUGUUUUUAUAGGUUUUUUUGUUGUAACAUAAACUGUUUUAUA